GACCAAGGAAGGAAGCCAUUCAUUUGAGCACAUGGAAGUGAUCAGCACCGGUUGUCAUUAUUGGCUUUGAGGGGAGGCUUUGGUUUGGGGGGAACAUCUCGUUUGGGGAACAGAGAGGCGUCCCUGAAUGUCGUAUGACUGGGUGAAACCUUGCUUUUUCACUGUAUAGUAUGAUGCCGGACGAUAUCCGGGUGAAGAGAGCCAGAUGGCUGGGUCGGAAGAAUAGGGGAUGGGGAGGAUAGGAAUGACGGGGGCUACAUAUACCGCAGUAUCUAUCCCAUUCGCUUGAGGAGCUUGCGGCCUUGUACAACUCGAGAUAGACAGACAGCCGAGAGAAAGAUACCUCUAGCGAAUCUAUAGGGAUGGUGUAGCAUCAACCAAAACUUCAUCAUCAGACACCUUUCAGCUUCUCUCCUUCUUCUUCCUCCUCCUCCUCCUCCGUCAAACUCACCUACUACCGCCUCAAACCCCCAAAAUGGGCCUCCCAACCACCGAAAAGCCCUCCACGACGAUGACGGGCGCCAACACCAACCCUCCCCCCAAAACCAGCAUGGAGCCCUCCAAAGACGAAAUCGACAACAUACUCGCCUCCAAACCCUCCCACACUGGCACCUCCCCCCUUGACCCCUGGGCAACCCAGUUUUCAUCAGCGCCCCAAGAAUGGCACCGCACCACCUCAAAGAAACUCCUCCGCAAAAUCGACCUCCACCUCCUCCCCUUCCUAAUCCUCAUGUACCUCCUCAACUUCCUCGACCGCUCCAACCUAGCCCAAGCCCGCCAAGGCACUUUGGAGGCCGACCUAGGCAUGUCCGGCACAGACUUCAACCUGGCCACAUCCAUCUUCUUCGUCGCUUACCUGUUGAUGCAGUUACCCUCCAACAUGCUCAUCACGCGCUUGCGACCUUCCAUCUAUUUGAGUUCAGCUAUGGCGCUGUGGGGAGCUGUGUCUGCUUGUAAUGCUGCUUCGCAAAAGUUUACGCAUUUGCUGGUGGUAAGGAUCAUGCUGGGGAUCGUGGAGGCGCCGUUUUUUCCGGGGGCCGUGUUCUUGAUGAGUAGUUGGUAUAGUAGGGCGGAGCUGACGAAGCGGAUGGCGUAUUUUUAUAGCGGGAAUGCGUUGGCGAAUAUGUUUGGGGGCGUGAUUGGGGCGGGGGUGUUGGGGAACUUGGAGGGGGCGAGGGGGGUUAGUGGGUGGAGGUGGUUGUUUAUUAUUGAAGGAACAAUCACCAUCGCCGUCGCCAUCACCGCUGCGUUCGUCUUGCCCGAUUACCCCAACACCACGCGCUGGCUGAGCGAAGAAGAGCGGGCUUACGCCUCCUGGCGCUUGUUGGCUGAUAUCAACGAGUCCGAUGACCAGAAUACUCGCUCGGUUUGGGACGGGCUGAAGCUUGCCCUCAAGGACUACCGGCUAUACCUCUUCGUGCUCCUGCAGCACUUGUCACUGCUCAGUCAGACGUUCCAAUACUUCUUCCCAAGCAUCGUGAGCACUCUCGGUUACGGCAAGAUCGAAACCCUGUGGUUGACGGCUCCCGUAUGGUUCGCGACGUUCUUAAUCUCGGUCUGUGUGACGUGGACGAGCUCGAAGACGGGCGAUCGCAGCUUGCAUAUCUUCUUCCUGAUGUUGCUGGCCGCUGUGGGGAAUGCGGUUGCGACGGGCACGACGAAGUUGGGGGCGAGGUUCUUUGCCAUGUUCUUGAUGCCUAUGGGAGCAGUUUCUGCUUAUCAAAUCAUCCUGUCGUGGGUUGCCAAUUCGUUCCCUCGUCCUAUGGUCAAGCGCUCGGCUGCUGUCGCUAUUGCCAACAUGUUUGGAAACACGGCAAGUAUUUACGGGUCGUACAUGUACCCGGCAUCGGCGGCGCCACAGUACAUCCCCGGAGGCAGUGCGAACUCUGUGGUCUGCCUCUUGGUGGGAUUGUUGGCGUUGUUCUUGCGGUAUCUGCAUAAGUGGGAGAACAAGAAGCUGGAGAAGGCCGAGGCGGAAGAGGCUGAGAACCCGGAGACUGCGGCUGUUGCGGCGUCCGGUGAUAGGAGAGUCGCUGGAUUCCGGUAUAUCUACUGAGCUCAGAAGAAUUAGC